CGAUCGAGCUUCCAGCGCCGCGCAGCGUUCCCUCCGCCGUCGUCGGUCGGCGGCUCUUCCUCGACACUCCGAGCUUCAGUCCACGUCCGAAGCCCGACACUUCAGAGUUUUCUUUCCAAUCAUCAGCUGGGCAUCUUUGCCUUGAUAUAUUGUUGGUUGUUGCAAUCUUCCUGAUGGCAACUACGGCUUCUUCGCCACCUCUGCAUAUUUUAGUUCGUGAACCGGAGGGGUUCUCUCUGUGGAAUGGACCCCCAUUCGCUAAUGGUCAACCCAGUGUCAAGCUCGAGAGGACUCCAUGCACAAGCACCAUGUUCAGCACAGACGGGUCCAGGCUGAUGGUGAUAAGGUCCGACUCCGUGGUUGGCGUGUAUGACUGCAGCAACUUCAAGGAAAUCAGGAACUUCGAGAUCCCCAAUUUGGCCACGGCAGCAUUGUCCCCAUGCGGGACCUAUCUCCAGACUUUCCAGAAAUCCUCAACGCCACAGGAGAAGAAUGUGAUCUUGUGGAAAGUUGAGUCUGGGGAGUCUGUUUAUCAGCUACUCCAGAAGAACAUAACUAAAACGACAUGGCCCUCCAUCCGAUUUAGUUCUGAUGAAGCUGUUGCGUGUCGACUUGCGACAAAUGAGAUACAAUUUUUCGAUGGUUGUGACUUUUCAAAAGGUUUCAAAUAUAGGCUGAGAGUUCCUGGAAUUGCUGCAGUUGAGCUCUCUAAAACUCCGGGGUCCCACAUUGCAGCAUUUGUUCCAGAAUCUAAGGGUGUCCCUGCCAGUGUCCAAAUAUUUGCGUGUAGGGAGGAUCCGCAGAGUCAACCUGUUGCGCGGCGAAGUUUCUUACGCUGCUCAUCAGUGCAGCUGCACUGGAAUUAUGGGUCCACUGGACUUCUGGUUGUGGUGCAGUCUGAUGUUGAUAAAACCAACCAGAGUUACUAUGGGGAAUCGAAUUACUUGACAACAGAUGGGACUCAUGAAGGGCUCGUGCCUCUUCGUAAAGAGGGACCUAUUCAUGAUGUUCAAUGGUCAUACUCUGGUUCAGAGUUUGCUGUUGUUUAUGGCUGCCACCAUUUUUGACAAGAAGUGCAAUCCACUUUGACAAGAAGUGCAAUCCACUUCUUGAGCUUGGAACGGGCCCUUAUAAUACCAUCAGAUGGAAUCCGAAGGGGAAGUGUAUCCUUAUGAAACAUUAUUUGCUAUGAGUUGAUACCGACUCUAGUUUUCCAUUUGGUCAAUAAUUUUCUUUUAUUACUUUCUUUAUCCUUUUCCGUGAUUAUUAGAGUGGUUUUUUUUUUGGGUU